GGGGGCUGGGCUAGUGGUGGCGCAGCGGUCGCUGGUGCCGCGCCGUGACGCAGCCAGAGAGGCUGGGCCUUCCCCUCCGCCGCCGCUGGACGCUGACAGACCCGGGGAGAUAGCGAGCGCCGCUGGGGUUGUCGGUGGCUCCUGUCGCCUCGCUCGCCGCCAGGGACCCGGGGAACAGUUGGCGCUGCUGCCGGCCAUGGUUCCCCGCCCGCCGCAGGAGGGGCAGGGGCAGAGGCAGAAGCGGCAGCCGCAGCCGCCAUUGCGAGCCGGGGCUGCGGGAGUAUGAAGGAUGGAAGCGGACGAGGUGACAAUUCGUGAGCAGAACUUCCACAGCCAAGUGCGGGAGUACACGAUUUGUUUUCUCCUAUUUGCUGUUCUCUAUAUAGUUUCCUAUUUCGUAAUCACAAGAUACAAAAGGAAAGCAGAUGAGCAGGAGGAUGAAGAUGCCAUUGUCAACAGAAUUUCGCUGUUUUUGAGUACCUUCACUCUUGCAGUUUCAGCUGGUGCCGUCCUGCUUCUACCUUUUUCAAUAAUCAGCAAUGAGAUCCUGCUUUCUUUUCCACAAAACUACUAUAUUCAGUGGUUAAAUGGCUCUCUAAUUCAUGGUUUGUGGAAUCUUGCUUCCCUUUUUUCCAAUCUUUGUUUGUUUGUGUUGAUGCCCUUUGCCUUCUUCUUUCUGGAAUCAGAAGGAUUUGCUGGCUUAAAAAAGGGGAUCAGAGCACGUAUUUUGGAAACACUUGUUAUGCUUAUUCUUCUUGGGCUGCUUAUCUUUGGAAUAGUGUGGGUGGCGUCAGCUCUCAUUGACAAUGAUGCUACCAGUAUGGAGUCUUUGUACGAUCUUUGGGAAUUCUACCUCCCUUAUUUAUAUUCCUGUAUAUCGCUGAUGGGAUGUUUAUUACUUCUCUUAUGCACGCCAGUGGGGCUUUCACGAAUGUUUACAGUGAUGGGUCAGUUGCUGGUGAAGCCAACAAUCCUUGAAGACCUGGAUGAACAGAUAUACAUCAUCACCUUAGAGGAAGAAGCAAUCCAGAGGAGACUAAACGGUGUGUCUUCUACUAUGGAGUACAAUACAGUGGAGCUGAGACAGGAACUUGAAAAUAUGAAGAGCAUGAAAACAAAAUUAGAGCGGCGGAAAAAAGCUUCUGCGUGGGAGAGGAAUUUAGUGUAUCCAGCUGUUAUGAUACUGCUGCUCAUUGAGACAUCCAUCUCAGUCCUCUUAGUUGCCUGCAACAUUCUUUGCCUGUUGAUUGAUGAGACUGCAAUGCCAAAGGGAUCAGGGGAGCCUGGAAUAGGAAAUGCCUCCCUAUCCACUUUUGGUUUUGUGGGAGCAGCACUUGAAAUCAUUUUGAUUUUCUAUCUUAUGGUAUCCUCUGUCGUCGGCUUCUAUAGCCUUCGCUUUUUUGGAAAUUUCACUCCCAGGAAGGAUGACACAACUAUGACAAAGAUAAUUGGAAACUGUGUGUCAAUCUUAGUGCUCAGCUCUGCUUUGCCAGUGAUGUCAAGAACACUGGGAAUUACCAGAUUUGAUCUGCUUGGAGACUUUGGAAGGUUUAACUGGCUGGGAAAUUUCUACAUUGUGUUAUCGUACAAUUUGCUCUUUGCUAUCGUGACAACUCUAUGUCUGGUCAGAAAGUUCACCUCUGCUGUGCGGGAAGAGCUCUUCAAAGCAUUAGGUUUAGAUAAACUUCAUCUGUCGAACAAUGCAAGAGACUCUGAGACAACAAAGCCUUCUGCAAAUGGGCAUCAGAAAACACUGUGAGAAGCAAUCAUCUUCAAUCAAUAGAGCUGAAAACUUCAACCUCAUGACAUUCCUGUCAUCUUCAUCAAAAUAUCUUUGUAUUAAUUUCACUUGUUAAUUUUGGGUCCAAUCUUCUCUCAUGUUUCACACUGUGUAUUUCUGAGAAACCAAGCUACUUCAGAUUCUACCAUUUCUGAUUUGAUUUUGUAUACUCCCCAUCAGUUUAUGCAGGAGGUGCCCUGAAGACUGGAAGCCGAGAAAAAUAACUAAUUCCUCUUUGGACAGAGCCUCAUGUUUCUAGAUAUGAUGCCCUACUACCAUGUUAACUGUACAAUACCUCCUCUGUGAUAUAAAUAUAAUGCUGGUGAACAACUCUGAGACUUGGAAAUAAAGGGUACAUUUGAAGCCCAAUAUAACUCUAAUUAGGAAUGUUUAGGUGUCUUUAACAGCAAGGCACACUUCUUUUCUACUAAGAAUUCAUUAAAAAAUUGAAGUAAUUCGGAGAGAUCACUGUUACUUUCAUACAGGAUUCACUAGGCUGUAUGUAAUGUUUGGCAUCAUGAAGCACUCUUACAGACUCAGCAUUGUAGGCUUUUUAUUCUUAGUUUUAAAUGAGAGAAGGUAAUUUUCUUCAGUGGUAAUCGUAAGGUGUCUUAUCAAGUCUAAUGAACACAAGAUAAAUUCUAACAUACUUUGCUGUUAAAUCUGAGCCCAGUAUGCUUUGUAGAAAGCUCUGCUGGCCUCUUAUUGUUAUAAUUCUUACAGUACUAUAACUUACAGUAAGUGUUAUGCUAUAGAGGUCAGUCGCCCUUCAAAAUAUACGCACAUAAACUUCUGUGAACUCUGUGUGUGCACACACGUAUCAACACAAGUAGCAUAGACUUUGUCUAGUUAUCUGCAGUUGCACAGUUUCCUUAAGGGUUUUCUGAGUUAAGUCCUGGUCAUAAUAGUGCAGUAUAUUGUAGCUCAGUGGUGCAAGCCACUCUCUUUCACUAAUCUCUGUUUUUCACUAACCUCUUCAGUCUUUAGUUUCUCUCGUAUAUGCGUACACACACACACAGAGGAAUGUUUAUAGCUCGGUGCAAGCCAUUAUUUUUCACUAAUCUCUUUAAGUCUUUAGUUUCUCUUAUAUACUAUAUAGGACUAUAUCUACAUAUAUAGUACUAUAUAGCGUGUGUAGUAUACAAUAUAUGUUGAAUACUAAGCUUACAGAAAUGAUGCAGUCAGUUGUCAGCAAAACCUACAGUUCAGUCUUUCUUGUGAGUAUGAAGCUUUCUGCAAUGUAACAUGAUUUAGCUGCUCUGAGCCCUUAGACCCAGAAUGGCACUGAUGAGGAGAAAUUCGGUAUUUUCUUUAGCAUUGCUAUAGAAUCAGAAGUCCUGCAAGUAGUAUGUGACAAUCACAGGUCAAUAUUAAAAUAUUUAUACUUUUGCCUGUUGUCCAACACUGCUGCACUAACACUUGACUUGAAAAGAGGAAGUAUAAAGACUCUAAGGAGGACCAUUGCAUGUAUAUGUGUGUUCUGUAGACAGAUCAGGCAAGGUUACUAAAACAUUUUUUGGUAAGUUUAAUGUUUCUUCUUUCAUAUUUAUGUAAAACUGAAAUAUGUCCACUUGAGGUCUGAGCCCUUCCACUCAAUCAAACCAUGAUAAUGGGCUUAUAUCCAGUAAGAUUCUGAAACAAGUUAGUCUCUUCUGAUGUCAAGUAUCUCUUAUCUGUUCUCUUCCUGAGUAAUGUAUGAGUUCUGGACCUACGCUUAAUGAAAUAUGAGUGAGAUGGGAGCUUAGUGGAGUGCUUCACAAGAAACCCCAAGCAACAGCCACAAAAAUAAUGGUUUCCUGAAGUGGCCUUUUCUGAAUGGAAAUUGGGCAUAAUAUGAAUACUGUUGCAAUAAUUUCUGAGGUAUAUCUACUGCUUAUUAGGUUUGGGUAUGUUGUACCAUUUUUGAGAGAGUAAAAUUGCUAGUUUUCAUUGAGACUUACAAGCAUCUUUUUCUGUUGCUUACAUUUAUUGUUGAGUUUUUGGACAGCAGAAAUUAUUUUUCUCUCCAUUGAAGCAAAGUUCCAACCAAGAACAGAUAACUACACCUAAAUUACUUUUAAAAAAAUGGAUUCACGUUAUAAACAUUACAAGAUUUAUUAGUAAAAGCAUUGACUCCUUGUAUCCGUUGAGAGUGUAUGGGCUUAUGCAUUAGAAGUGUAAAGAAUGAUAAUAUAAAUUAUCAACUUUUUAUCUUUGGAAAUGAUAAUAUGACUAUAAUUGUACCAUAUCCCCACUGGGAGUGUGGUAAAUUGUGACAUAUGAUAGGGUUAGUUAAUUUUAUAAAACAUAUUCCAGCUUUCUGUAACAGUGACUUUAAGGUAGUUGCCUCAGUAAGAAUUUUUUGAUCAGAUCCCCAGAUGAAAUUGUCUGCAUAAAGAUCAAAAAGCAAAAAUUUCUGCUCAAGCUCUGGAUGCUUUCUGCCUUAAUUUUGAUCUUCAUCCUUCUCUCAGUAUUGAGUCCACAGCAGAAACGGACUGGUUUUUUUUUUUUUUUUUGAGGGCAUAUGUGUUCUGUCAAUAAUCCAAGGAAAUUAAGAAAAAGUCAAAUAAUUCACCAUGCUUAUAUAUGAUUCCCCAAAAUGGAUUGUGUUUGGCUAGUGAGUUGUGUGGAGGCAAGCUCCGGUAGAUAGGUUCACAAAUAGUAAGAAUACAAGUUAUAGUAUGUAGGCAGAAAAAGAAGAAAGACUUGGAGUGCUUUCCCCUUGUCUUAGUAUUUCUUUUUCUUCCAAAACAAACACUGCAGCAUACUGAUUGCACUCCGUCUAGUGGGUUGUACUUUGAAUCUUAGAGUCACAGAUAUAUAUUGGUUAAAAAGCGUACUUAAAUAAAGACACUAUAUACUGGAAGAAAGGCAAAAGUUUAGGUUCAGUGUGGUUCUUAUAGUGGAUUAAUCUUCAGAGAAAGUCCAACCUUUCUGUAGCUGCUGACAGUGGUUUAAUAUCUACUUUUUGUAUUGUGACACUGUCUACAUUAAAAGUCCUGAAACUGACAUUCUAUAUGCAAAACUUUUUACAGAUACAGUGCUACUUUCAAACGUAAAUAUAACACAUUGGUCGUAUAGUCACAGAAGGGUAAAUUCAUUUACACAGAAGCAAUGGAGAAGUCAUUAAUGGAUAUUGACAGUGCACUUCCAAUUUUUUGUCUCAUGUAGUCAGGUGGUCUGUACCUCCUUCAGGUGUAUACAGCAGAUCUUGGUGACAUCAACAUCUGCCUCAUUUUUUAUGAGGCUAAAGCACAGAGAUGCUCCUGUCUGAUAAAAAAGAUACAUUUUUGGUCUGAUUUGUGGUAUGUGAAUUAAGUGUCUUAAGUUAGCCACCUCUUGGCUUUCUCCUGUGUUGGUAGCACAAUAUUCAAUGCAUAGUGGCAGAAUUGUUGUAAUAUGGUGGGAUUUUUAAGUGUAAGCACAUCUUCCGUAUUUACCUUUUUAAGGUGAAAAUUAAAUUGGUAUGAUGUUACUUUAGAAGUAACAAUUUUUGGAUUCAUAGGAAACUUUGUUUACAGAUUGUAAUGGUGUUUAUUGUUGGCCCUGUUUCUCCAAUAUCUUUUACACAGUUGACUGUUCUAGUGUCAUAGAAAUUAAAGAAUUUAACAAGAAAUUAUUUUGUGUUUUGGUUCAGAAGUACCAUAUUAAAGCUUCAACAGUAUCACCAACCACUGGAGCUGUGGGAGUAUUAAUCCUCCAUGCUCCCGAAACCUCUUGUAAUCCGAUACAGUAUAGAGUGCUCCUGUGUGCGCAGUGCUGUGCAAACCAGGGAAGAGGUGGUCCCUGCCCUGAAGAAUCUGCUGUCUAAAUUAGACAUGGGUAAGGCAGUCCUUAUUUACUGAAUCUACAUCACGGUACACAUGAGAAAUGGAUAGAAGGUAAAGUUUUCAAGAUGAAUUUUUAUAUCAAAUAUGUGAUUGUCUGGAUGAGUCUCUGCCAGCGUUCACAUAUGUUAGGUUGAUGUCUUUGCGACGGUAUUCUGAGGGACCUAGAAUAAACCAUUUAGUCAUAAAAUAUAACCCUAGCCCUUCCUGUUCCCAAAGAAACAUAAGGAUUUAAGGUCACUUGCUCUCAAUCUGUACUAUUUUUCCUUGAAUUUCAUAAGUAUAACAUGAUACCCUUUAGCCCAAAUUGUCAAGAGUUUUGCAGAAAGCAAUGCAUGUAUCUGUUCUAGGCAAUUCAGUCUUGCUUCUAUUGUGUUCUAAAUAGCCCAUCUUAUUGCAAAGUAUUAAGCCCAAAGAGUAUCACUGAAUCUUCUCUUGUAUCUUACACAUGCUCAGAUGAAACUAGAGCAUGCUGUUUUUAAAACAUACAGUAGUAUAAUUCACACCAAGUGAUUUUACAUGCAUAAUUAGGACAAUACAGUUAAUUAAAAAAAAAGAAAUAUACUUCAUCUUGUUCAGAAAAACAAAUUAGAUACUUUUAACACUGUGAUCCCUGGCAUUUUCAAAUGUCAAAAUAAGGUCUUAGAGUCAUUGAUAAUGUUCUGAGGGAUAUUCUUGUCCAAAAAGCCAGCAUUUACAGAUACUAAAAUAAAUGUGGCAUUAGCCUUAGAGUAUCAUAUAAAUCAGACUACCUCUGGUAUCAAAUAAGUACUGAUUAAAUGUGCCACUGGCAGAAAAGUGCUUUUUUAAAGGAGCUGAUGUUCUCUUGUAGAUGAAUAUUAACUGAGUUAUUUCAAGCUUUGCUUUGAGUGCAUCACAGUCAGCAAGGAUGCACAGAGGAAAGAGCUGACAUCCACGGUGUUCUGAUGCUGGCUCCAUAGCCCUGGAAUACAUUGGCUUGCAGCAAAUUAUGAGAAACCCUCACCACAUCCGGCCCCCCCGCCUCCUCCCCACAUUUUUUGUUUUUAAACAAAUCUCCAACUCCAGCAUAUAGGAAGUUGUGGAACUCCCUUUUUGUCAUAGUCUUUGGUUUGUCCUUCUCCCCUGCCACACAACUCCUGACUUUGACUUUGGCUUGACUGAGGCUGAGGACCCUGCAGUUACUAAAGGAUAUCUAGAGGUUUUGAACUGUGCACCAUGUGGAGCUGGUUUGUCCUAUGGUGCUCGCUAGUCAGUAUUUUCCUCCGGGAUGUCAUAUGAUUAUGAAUGGGAGGGAUGUGGUCUGUGUAGUAGUAAACAAGCGGGCACGUUGUCCAUGAGACAAACUCUUACAUGUUCCACAUUAGGAUUAAAAUGUUGAGGACCCUGGUAUACUUGUAGGAAAGAGUAUCCUGUGGGGAGGUGGACUGGUAUUGAGCCUGACCUUCAGGACACCAAGUUACAAAAUAGUUGUAAACACUUUUACAGGGUUUUGGUACCUUCUGCAUUACCAGUGAUGACAAUGUGAAUGGUUUUUUUCCUCUAACUGGUUGACCUCUAAAAACGGAGUUUUCAUGAAACAGAAGCCCACGUUUCCAUUAGGUACAUGGAACUUAUGAAUCAGAUGAUGCUUUCUUCUGGAUUGGGCCCUGCAUUCUUAAAAGUUAACAUUUUGACUCCCUUUUCCUUUUCAUGUACUUCAGUAGGUACUAUCAUUCAGUGGCUUCAAACUGUCAUCAAUAUGUACUUCAAACAUAAGAUUUUCACCUUUGCCUGGAUAGACAAGAUGGGAAAUAAGAGAACGAGUUAAUCUAAAUAGAACUCGGAUGUAUGAUGUAUAAUGGUACUAAUUAGCCCCCCAAACUGCAAGUCCCGGGCACAUGCAGAAUUUUCCCCCCACACGAGGCCCCAUUGGCCUGACUGGAGCUGCUUCUCCAAAUAUAGAGUCAUACUACACCUAUGCUAAUUAGCAGGAAGUCUAAACGUGAAAUCCAUUGUUUUCUAAAAUACUUUCCUAUCCCACUAACUUAAGACUCUCUUACUGUACUUUCUUCCACAGAUAAGUUUUCAGCUUUAUUUUUGAUUAAAUAGUAUGUGUCAACAAGUUGCCCUUAACUUUAUAAUGUACAGAUGUUUCAGUUAAAUAGAAUUGCAGAAAAUGUUACAAAAUAACCAUCUACUUAUGGUUGCAAGGCAUUUUACAGGAGAACAGUAGCUUUGGUUUCAAUUACAAGUAAACUAUGAAGUGUAAGGAUAGCUGCAAGUUUUAGUAGCAAAGUUGUUUUUUAAUUAAAAAUAGGAAAGGUGAAAUAGGAUCUUAAAUUCUGUACAACCAUUGCUUGCCUAAUUCAUUGUUCAUUCAUGGACUUUUCCUAAUAGCCACUUUAUUAGCCACUUUUAUUAAUAAUUCAGAUUUAUAUUUGUUAGCUUUAAAUUUGAAACCAAAAAUAUCUUUGAUUGUUUCAACUACACUACAGGUUGAUUCCAGUUGGGCAAAAUGGCUGAAGAGUAAUAAAAGAGAAAUCCUUUAACAAAUGUAAUAGAAGUAAAUGCUGAUGAUCUCAGCCCAACAUACUUGGAUCAGAGCUAUCUAAAAGUUGUAUCUGAUCAAAAUUAAAACUUUGUUAUGAAACCCCAAUUUUUGAAAACUGUUCAGAUGUCUACAGAGAAGUUUGUAAAAUCUGGGGGUAUCUGUAUCAAACGUUUUUAAAUAAUACAUAAUUAUGCUGUCUUUCUAGAUAUUUGUACCAGUCAUUUCAACAUGCUGCUCUUCUAUUUAUUCCAUUAAAUGUAAUUUGUACACAAAGUAACUUUUUAAAGGUCAUUAUAAGGUUUCCUUCAUGAUCAGGACUUUAGCCUGCCUACCCCAUUCACUCAUCACUUCCAUUUGCUUCAAGGAAUGAAAGCUCAGGACAUCAGCUUUGAUUUUAUUUAAUGCCCGUCUGCUCCCCCAGUAGUCCCAUAUAAGGUUUCUUAGUACAAGUAUUGAUACUCUGGAAAUACCAGUACUGUCUGGUCAUUCAGUUGUCACCACAGAAUUCCAUUAAAAUAAAGACUGGGCACUUAAUAUGCCCCCUUUUUUAUGAAUAUGCCUCACCUCACUGGAGAUAAAAAAUGAAUCUGUUGGUACAUCAAUAUAUAGCAGCUCUUUACAGUUGUGAUUACCAAGCCAAACAUACUAUGGCACCAAGAAAUGAAGGGUUUUAUUCUGUACUUUUGUGUUGUGUUUCCUUAAUUGCUCAUUAGGAGCCAAAAAGCGAGUGAUGCUGCGUGUGUGUAGUUUGGCCUUCGUCCAUAUUGGAGAAAAUUUAGAAAACAUACAAACUAACACAUUUCAGACAGCAUGAUGUUAAAGAUGAAGACCUUGCUUUUAGUGUGGAUAAGAUGGUCAUGCUAAAAAGCUUAUGGGCAAAAUUCUGUUUAACAUCCUGCUAACUGAAACAUGUUUUCUAACACUAAUGCCUUUUCCCAGUUCAGAAAAGUUACACAAAAUCUUCUGGUUUCAAGUACAAUGAAAAAGUUGUGAACAAAAAAUUCAACCAUUGCCCAGUUUUUAAAGGUAACCUUAAAAUAUUUUGUCUUAUCUGGUUUCAAUUGGUAUAGAAAUUUAGAAAAUGAAGAUAUGUUAGGAUUGCGGAUUUAAAAUUGUAGCCUGUGACCAAUACAGCAAUACACAUACACAAACUAAAAAUACAGAGUAUUCAGAUUCCUCUAUCUAUAUGUAAGAAUGAUUCCCCGACUCAGGCAAAACACCCAUUGAACUCAGUGGGCUUGUCUAUGCUAAGCUUUUUUAAAAAAGCAAAAUCCCAGGGGUUGCACUGCCCUGAGUGGGAGUACACCCAAGGCUCAGACUGCCACCAGCGUUCUUAUAACUUUAUUGUCUAGGCAUGCGUUGAGGAGGGUUAGAUGACAUCAUAAAAAUACCACCUUUUCUGCAUUAGACCGUACCUAUGCACUAAUGGUGGUGCAAUGGCAGAUCAAAAAAAGUCUAAUACAGGUUCAGCUAAUUAGUGGGCGUUUUUCCUCAUGCAGGUUCAGGCUCUUUCAUUCCAAUAUUAACAGUGUAGGUCUGUCUUUGCAGAAAUUUAUGCAUUCGUAACUUUUAAGCAUAUGUGCAGUCCUGUUGAGUUCAGUGGAACUACUCACAUGCUGAAGUUAGGCAAGUGCUUAAUUCUUUGCAGUAUCAAGGCCUUAGUUAACUAAAAACUUUUGUAUGUGGGCAUUCUCAUAUCUUGGAAGCAAAAUAUGUCUGAAAAAUGUUUUUAGCACUAAAGUAUCUGUUACCAAUCUGUAGCAGAUGCAUCUUCCCCACCAAAUCCUUGAGGUUAAUUUAAUUUAGGUCAUCAGAAAAUGUGUACUUCAUAAAAUUUUCAGUUGUGGUUACCUUGCAGUGUUACAAAACUAUAUGAAAACAACUGCCUUUUUAGAUGGUUUGAAUGUCACAGUGCAAUAGUGAAAAGGAGUAGAUUUAGUAUCUUUUCCCUUUAUUUGAAAUGUCACAAUUUGUGUGUUUUUAGUAAUAUUUUUGUUACUCUGUUUUCAAUGAAGUCAAACUGUGAUUUACAAUGUGCUUUUUUUGGUCAACAUUUGUAUUAAAAAUAAACAAUGGACUUUUGA